AUGGAAAGGCUAUUAAUCACGGCUGCACUUUCAACUGGAAGAGAUUUCGCCGUAGGCCUUACUAGCCCACCAGUCAAUCCACCUGCCUUUAAUUACGCAAGAACAAGCUCCUACCUCUCACGAAGUAUCUCAGCUGGCCGCCCAGGAAACUCCGGUCAUGGUGCAGGGAUUCAUUAUAAUAACCAACAACCAGAAGUGCCCGCGAGUACUGGUCAGCGACGUGGUAGCGUGAUGUACGAUGCUGCUUCUGAUGAAGAAGAAGAUGCUGACGACGAGGGCGAUGAACAGCUGGAUGAUGUUGAAGAGGUUGAAGAGGAGGUCGAGGAGGAGACUGUCGCUGAGGAGCCGAGAGCCACACCGGCACAGUUACCACCUCAACCGCUUCCUCGAACGGAAAAGGCCGUAACACAUCAGCGAACAGAGCCGACUGCUCCUUCGACUCAAAGUGCAAAAGCUGCAAAAGCUGCAACGGAGGAACGAGCCCCUACCGAAAGAAUUGAGGGCGAGCAAACGAUGUUUGUCGCGAUGGCUGACCUCCCAGCAAGUGAGGCAUCUGAUUUGAGCAUCGUCGAGGGCGAGCAGCUAAGAAUCCUUCAGACAAGACCAGAUGGUUGGUGGACGGCAAGAAAUGCUAAAGGUGAGGUCGGACUUGUUCCAAAAACCUACCUUCGCCAAGCUCCUAUCUCUGAAGUAACUAGAAGUGACACUGGAGGAACCAGAGAAGUUUCUGGGGCCACAAGAAGUGCUUCUUCUACCAUGGGUCGUCCAGCUACUUCACAGUUUACGUCGUUACUCGACCCUAAUCAACUACCAACUCGCAAAGCUCGUUGUUUGGGCGAUGCACAGGAAAUGGAUCCGCACCUCUCCUUUGCUUGCCAUCUAACCCCUCGUCUUAGCCAUUCUAACAUCGGAUUCCAUGACUUGUACUGGAAUUACCGCGAUGACAAGCUUCGGAAGCGCCGUGUCCGUGUAUCAAAACUGGUACGUUUAGUCCGAUUGGAAGGGAUGCCGAGAGAUGCUGGUGUUUGCUUGGUACGGACCGCUCUCUACGACCGCAGUCGGAAAACUGGCCGACAAAUAACGGACACAGCGUCUUCUGGAGUUGAUUACGGUGAUUUUAUCGUCCGUUCUAAUUACAACAUGGCUGAUGUGGUGCUGUUGAUUGAGGCAUCGCACGUUAUUCAGACUCAGGCUGGAUAUGAGGAGCGAAGCCUCGGUAUUCUGACCAUAGACCUAAUUGCCAAAGGAGAGGUCGUUUUCAACAAUAAGACCUAUUCUGAAAUGCUUCGAGCUGAGAACAUCUUUGACAGGACAACGAAUGGUGCAGCAGCCACACCGCACAAAAUCGUGCUCAAGUGCUUUGACGUGCCAAAGAGUUGGUCCCACUUGUCGAGUAAUUCGUAUCGCUGGACGUGCUUUAUUUUCAAUCCGAUGUUUGUAAGGCUGUACUUCUAUUUUCGACGGUUCGCCGGCAUUUCGCUCCUACGCGAUCGGGACAAUCAUCUCAGUGCAGUCCAAUCUGUCAUUGCAGAGAUGGUGGCGGACCCUUUGCUAGCGCUAUUCCCUUCAGUAGCUGAUGAACCCGACCUGAUGGAUCAGUUGCGCAAUUUAUGGAACACAAAAUUAAAAAGUGAUGAAGAAUCUCCCUGGUGUGUGCAAAGGUCAACUAAAAAAGCGUUCCAGAAACCUGAGGCUGAUCAAGCGGACUCCUUUCUUCGAUUAUUUAUGAGUACCACUUACUGUGUCCACAAAACGGCUGUGAUGCCACCAUAUCGUAUCUGGGACACGAAGGCUCUUGGUAUACGCCAUCAGGUUUGUUGUAGUCGCUUUUACCGAUUGUCCACAGAUUGUCUACCUUUCUGGAGACGCGCCAAUACUCGACCUUUGCCUAAAAAUUGUGCCGUUGUUACGAAUGCAUGUGUUAUCCUACGUGGUACAUAG